AAUCCCCAAUACCGACGCCAACGAACCACCGCCACCUCCACCUCUACCAUCCAACUGCGUGCAGAUUCAAUGCAAGAUUGUUUGUAUUCGUGAAAGAAUUGAUCAAAUUGAGCGUAGCAUAGAAAAUGCAAUUUCCGCUGCCAAUACCACUUGUGCAAUCAUCGAAGAGCUGCGUCUUCAUAGUAGUAGGUUCCCGAAUCGAAAAAUAUCCUAUGGCUUUCUGGGUAAAUAUUCCCAAUUGGUGCGUUCGCUCUAUAUCGGCUCAUCCGCUGUGACCGAUAUCGAUGCGGGCGCUUUUGCUAAUGGAAUAUUCGAGGAGAUUUAUUUAGAGAAUCUAGAAGUGACAGAGCUACGAAAGGAUAUCUUCCAAAAUGUCACCAACACUUUUAAAUCACUUGUCAUAAUUCAACGCACAAAGCCAGUAAAAACUGUUUACGCUGACUUUUUAGGCCAUGUCAAAUAUCUAAUAACAAAAUUAACAUUACAACUUGGCUUGACCGCAAUCACCAAUACCACAGCCUCCGGCAGUCUAUUGAACAAUUUGAAGCAUAUCGACUUAAGUUACAACAAUUUUACAAACACAUUCACAGAUGAAACCUUCGAUAAAUUGUGGAUUGUAGAAAGUUUGGAUUUGUCGCAUUCGAACAUUGAAUAUUUGCCCAACUAUAUAUUUUCGCAGUUCUCUAAUUCACUGACAUACCUCAAUUUGUCCAACAAUCAGUUGCACACAAUGAAUCAUUUGAUUUUCGGUCGACGCCAAAUUUAUAGUGACUUAGUGAUCGAUGCUCACAGCAAUCCUUGGAAGUGCUCUUGCGAACUACUUAACGAAAUGAGCAUAAUUUUAAAAUAUCAAAGUGACCAUCCGAUUUGCCAAACACCCGCUGAGUAUGCGACUUUGUCGGUUUUAGAUUUGGCUAUAUGUCCCGGUGAGCCCGAGUCGAAUACGACGACUCUCCAAACAACUUCAACCAAAAUAUCAGGCGCCUACACAAUACCAACGACAAGCUCAAAGCCAGCGACUUCUACUAUAGUUGAUCCUCUAACUUCUCACGAGCAUGAGGUGAAUAGUACUACAACUUUAGCGGAUACAACAACACUUACACCCUCAACUACAACAACAACUACUAGUGAUAAAAUCAUACUCUUGCAAUGUUUCUGUCCUGGUGGUAAAUCAACAGCAGAAUGGCAGAAAGUUUUGUGGCCCGAAACACAAAUACAUCUAACGGAGUUAUCUGAGUUGCGAGUGGCAGUGUCUUUGGAAAUUCCUAAUGCGGUUAAAUCUUACGGCUUAAUUUGGUUUAGUAAAGUUGUAGAUGAUUACUACAAAAUGACUGUUAACUAUAAUCAAUAUGGGCUCGGUUGUUUCGGACCCAUAACGCAGCAAACUAUUAUUGGGGAUCUCUUGCCAGACACCACCUAUACGUUUUGUUUGUUUUCGACCGACCGAGUAAAAAUACCACCAUUCUACUGCGAAUCGCUACACGUGAGCUCCAAUGUUGAGGUCAUUUAUAAUGCUUGGCUGACACAUGCCAUGCAGCCCACAGGCAUCGCGCUGACUGUACUAGGCGCAGUACUUUGCUGCUUCCUCGGCAUGGCUGCCGUCUUCAUGCUAACAAAACAUAAGCCAACAUUGUUGUUGGGAAGCAAGCGCGUGAAAGCAACCGCCACCAGUUCCCAGGAUAUAGUGAUAUUUCCAAAGCAGCGUUCACUGGAAGAUUUGAAGAUAAAAGAAGAAACUUUGGCGAAGCGGAAUUCACGAAACUUGGAAGAUACCAACACCAACGGCCAAACCAUCCGCCGCAGCUCCGUCACUAGUGUGGAAAGUAAUCAAAGUUAUAUGAAUAUUAAUUUGUAUGAAGUUAUACCAGCUUAUUUGCGCUUGCAAGAAAUUGACAAUGGCAAUGAAAAAAGAUCGCUAAAUUUCGAGUCCAUUGAUAGCUACAUGCCACCACUGGCACCCAAAUAUGAAUAUCGUGACACUAGCCUGGUCAGUUAUGCCGAAGUAUCGCCACGUAGCAAGCGCGCUUCUAAUGAUCCCUUACCCGCAUUGCCAGCCAAGCUGAUAACGCCUACAUACGCUGUGACAGAGAAGAAAAAUUCUCCACCACAAGACUUAGAAAUACUUGCUAACAAGGUGAAUAAUACUAAAUGCGAGAAUAAGGAGCAAUUGGCUGGUUAAGGGUAUCUGGAGAAUGCUCUUAAGUAGAGCUUAAUUGAAGAAAAAAGCCUAGAAUUAUGCACCAAUAAAAUAUAAAUUUUGUAAAUGUAUAAAUAGUAUGAACUUGUAACAAUAAA